AUGGACGAUCCAAACACUACGAACCCCGGGGAUCCAAACGGCUAUCUCGACGGGCUGAAGUACUACAAAGAUCUCAACAAUGACAUCAACGAAGCGACGCGGUCUGAAAUCGACGAAGCCGCACAGCGCAUUCCUUCCAACUCCAACAACCCUGAAUUCGCUCCCCGUCUCAAGACCUUGGUUAUCCUCUUACUGAGAAGAUUCCGACGGACGGCUGCGAUGAAUGAUCUGCAGCAGGCGACCAUUCGAGCCGAGGGAAUGAUAGUGGCUACACCCCCCGAACAUCCUGAGCGUGAUGCUCGAACCAAAGACUGGGUCGACAUGAUGCUGGUAAAGGGGUGCCGCGAAGGUUUUGGAGAAGAAGAUAUCGAAUGCGUUGUCGAGAUGGCCCAGCAGCCAGACAAAAUGCAAAUCCCCGACGGUACGCUUACAAGUGCCGAGGGAAACAUCACAACGCCCGCUCAACACGCCGCCUUGAUGGAAUUGAUCCACAACGAGGGAGUUAUGUCUGUCCUAGCUGGACAGCGGCUCCUCGACGAAUACCACACGACAGAAUCCCCGGAUGAUCUCGAUAGAGCUGUUGAAUUUUGGGAAAAGGCAGUCGAACACAUACCCCAAAACGAUCCUGACCCCGACGUGCGAUGUAGCCGCUUGACUAUGCUCGGCGGCGCUUAUGGGUUAAGAUAUCAGCGCACAGGCUCGACGUACGAUCUUGACCGUGCCAUCGAACUAACGACAGACGCUCUAGACUUCAUGGCUGAGUGUCCUCUUGUCUCAGAUUAUUUAGAGUUCUCGGCCGCCUCGUUUUCAGACUUGGAGAGCUGGCUCAGUCAACGCUUCCUAAGGUUUGGUUCACAGGAGGAUCUCCAUAACGCUGUCAACGCAGCAGAAAUGGCCGUGAACCUCACGCCACCUGACAAUCCCGAUUGGCAAGGCCGUAUGAACGACUUAGGGCUUCGUCUGGGCGAGCAAUCCGAGCACGAUUCUCGCAGUAGCAAGGAGGACCUCGACCGGGCCAUCAAGUGUCUCGAGGUGGCGGUGGACUCUGGUGCAUCACUAAGCUCCGACGAUCAAGACAUUCGGUUGGUUAAUCUUGGCAGCCAUCUUGGUACACGGUUCAAAUCAAGGGGAGCGGUCGAAGACCUAGAUCGCAGCGUGGAGGUCCUGGAAAAGGCUCUCUACAGGUCAGCACCAAAUCGCUCUCUGAGGUGCAGCAUCUUGCAUCACCUCGCAAUGGUCCUUGUGGAGCUUUAUGAGCACCAUGGCACCGACCAAGAUCUCGAUCGUGCUAUUGAGAUGCAGAGAAGAGCCAUCGACGAGACUCCCGAAGGCCACCCUGAUGGUGUAGACCGGGCCGUAAAUCUUGGACUCUUCCUCGGUAAGCGAGCUAUGAAGACCGGUUCAAUGGAAGACAUCACCCGUUCCGUCGAUGCUAUCCAAGCAGAAAUCCAGGCCCUCCCCAAAGACCACAAUGCACGGCCUCGUCUACUGAUGGGACUGGCCAGCUCCUUGGACGCGCUAUCAGAAAGGACGUCUUCGGUGUUCGAUCUCGAAGAUGCUAUCGAAGCAGCAAAAGAAGCAGCAUCAUCUGUUUCUACGGACCACCACUUACACGCGGCCGCCUUAAAUAACCUGGCCUGCAUGCUUGGCCGACGAGCCGAACGCCACCCGCGGUCUUCGGAGACACAAGACGGCCCAGAUGCCCAAUCAAGCGACCCGUUUGAUGUGGCCAUCGCGGCAAUCAAAGCGUCGGUCGACGCUACAUAUGAAGGGCAUACCGAUCCACCAAGUCGGCUCUGCAACCUCGGUGACCUCCUUGGGAAGCGCUUUGCACGAAGCGGUUCAAAGAAUGCGGAUGACAUCAAUGAUUCUAUAGAAGCCACAAGGCAGGCAGUUGAUAUCAGCCCUCGGGCAAGCCAUCAAAGAGCGAUGAGCUUACAAAACCUCGGCAGAUGGCUACUUGCUCGCCAUGGCCAAAACGGUUUAGCCGAGGACGAGACUGAUGCGCUUUAUUGUUUCAAAGAGGGCUGGAAAUCACAGAAUGCUGCCCCCUUCGUUCGUGUUACCCUGGCAGGAGGAGCUGCUAGGAUUCUUGCCGCAAGGUCAAAUUGGAAAGAGGAAGACCAGUUGCUGGAGGAAGCGAUCAAUCUCCUGCCCUCCAUUACUCCGCGAUCUUUACAGCACACCGACAAGCAAGACAUGCUAGCAAAGUAUACGGGCUUGGCUUCCAUGGCAGCUGCCAUCGCUCUCAAUGCCGGAAAGAGCGCAUAUGAUGCUCUGAAGCUCCUGGAACUAGGCCGCGGCGUUAUUGCCAAUAGAGACGGGAGAUUGCGCUGGGCCCAACAGGAAGUGGACAUGGUGGCUGAGCUCUGCCCGGAGCUUCACUUGCAGAAGAGUACACCAGAGCCGCUCAAGGACGAGGUACUCAAGGACUUGCAGUCAUGCAAGAUCUUCCACUUCGCCGGUCACGGCCAGUCGGACGCUGCAGAGCCGUCUCAGAGCUGCCUGCUUCUGCAAGACUGGCGGACCAGCCCGCUGACCGUUGCGGACUUCCGCGACUCUCGGCUCCAAGACCGGGAGGCGCAGCCGUUCCUCGGGUACCUGUCAGCCUGCUCGACGGGGGCGAGCGAGGCGGCGCGGCUCGCAGACGAGGGGAUCCACCUGAUCAGCUCGUUGCAGCUCGCAGGUUUCCGGCACGUGGUCGGCACGCUCUGGGAGGUCUCGGACCAGCACUGCGUUGACGUGGCCAGAGUCUUCUAUGAGACGCUUAGGGACGAGGGGAUGACAGAUGAGGCCGUUUGCCAAGGGCUUCAUCGGGCGACCAGGGCGUUGCGGAAUCGCUCCUUCAGCGGAGAACUAGGGCAGAGGAAGGCGUUUGUGGUAGAUGAUGGGAUCACUAGAAGAGAUGUGGUGGAUUAUCGCUGGGUCCCUUAUGUUCAUUUCGGUAUAUAG